ACCAUCAUCCAUCCACCUCACCCAAGAUACAUAAGCACCAUGGCCGAAUCCCGAAAACCCUUCCCCUUCGUCCACGGCGGCUGCACCUGCACAACCAUCCGCUACCGCCUCCUCUCGGCGCCACUCUUCGUGUACGCGUGCCACUGCGGGGAGUGCCAAAAGAGCAGCGGCUCCGUAUUUAAGGCAUGCUGCAUCAUGGAGUUUGACCACGUCCGUCUCCUCUCGCCGACGCGUCCUCUGAUGCGGAAAUUCGAGGCAGUUCGGCACACGCGUAUAUACGCCACGUGCCCAAAGUGCUACGACGUGUUGUGGCAUGUCGGGAGUUAUGAGCCAUCGACCAUCAAUGUGCGGGUUGGAACGUUGGAUUUGCCUGGGUUGAUGGAGCCGGACUUGCAUAUUUAUACUGAGUCCAAGGUGGAUUGGUUGGUGCUUAAGGAGGGGACCAGGACUGUGAAGGGGGACAUGAAUCGGGCGAAAGAGUGGCCGAAAAGCAGCUUAAUCAGACUAUUGAAGUGCAAGAAGAGGUACGAAGAAAGGAUCAAGCGGGAGAGUGAGGCAAGGAAGCUGGAGGAGGAAGCGGAAGCAAACAGUCACGUGGACGAAGGUGAGGGUGAGGCCGAGGAGAAGACGCCUCGGAAUGGAAGUCCGGAGCCAUCGUUCAAUGAAGAAGAAGAGGCGUAUAUCGAUGUCGAUGAUGAUGAGUUCGAGAGGAGGUAUGAGGAAAUGGAGAAGGUAUUGCAAGAAAGGCUAGAGAAACUGAGUUUGAAGCUCAGUAAUCAGGAAGAGACGAACUCAGAAGGGACCCAGGCUUAGUGAGCAGUUCUGAUUAAUAAUAAUCGAUAUGUACACAGUAGGAAAGAAUAUAAAGCCGACUUCUAAAUUAG